UAAAAUAUUGUAAAUUCUAAUCGAAACAGUUUUGAAUUCAAUAUGAAAAAGUACUUAUUUUAAGCCUAAAAAGUACUGAAAAUCCUAAAAAAGAAAGUAAAUUCUGACCAAGAAAGUCUUCAAGCCGAAGAAGUACUAAAUUUUAGUUGAAAAUGUGAAUAUUCUGAUCUUUGGAAAUAUUGUGAUUAUUCGCUAAUUUUUGGAUUGUUUGCAGAAAUAGUCUAAAUAUUCGGCAGAUAAACCCCUUGAAGUUACAUAAGCUGUUAACAUUAAGAGGUGUUUGUUUAUCUGGCGAAUAUUUUGAUUUUUUUUGCCAAAAAAAUCCGAUUAUUGAUGAAGAUUUGAAUAUUUUUUACUUCACAAGCAUCUUUUUUUAAAAGCCGAAAAACGAAUUUAGUGCUUUUCAACUUGAAUUUAUUACUUUUCAGAUUGAAUUUAGUCCUUUUUUGGGUUUAAUCCUUUAAGGAUCGUGAUCAAUCUAGCGAGCUGAUUGAACUAAAAAUAAUUUUUGGGGGUUCCUUUGGGCUCUAAUAGGACAAUUUACAGUUUUUCGUCUUUCCUGAUCGUGUAAGUCCUUGAGAAUAUCCUUUUGUGGUCAUAAAAUGAUCAGGGAUUGUAAAGACAUAUUCUUGUACUAAUUUUGACUCAAUAUUCAUAAAAUAACUAUACAAAAUGAAACAUAUUCAAAUUCGAUUGUUUGGGUCAGCGUAUGACCCAAUGGUCCUUAAAGGGUUAAAUUAACUAUUUCUAAGGAUUCUGCUCGUUAUAUUAAUUUGAGCUAUUUUAGGAUUAAAUCCGCAAUAUUUAGAUUUCUUUAGCGAAUCAUCCUAGUAUUAACUAAUAAUCCGAAUAAUUCUAUUCAGAUAAACGCUUCUUGGUUAAAAUUAUUCCUUAAAAUAUCCCUAAAAAGACACAAAAAACACAAUCAGUGAAUAUUUAUAGUUAAAUAGAAGCAAUAAAGAAAUGCAAAACUCAGCUCAAUUGGAUCAUUCUGUAUAUUAAGAUUUCUUGGUGUGUGGAUUGAUUUGGCGCAUUUUGGUGGAACGUAGGCGUAUCAGGGGGUUGAAGGAGGGAAUGUGAAUGAUUUGCCACAUCGUCGGAGACUAUAAAGAAAAUCCAUAUGGGGGCGUCCCGGGGAAGGAGUUAAAAGGUUUUACUCAUUACAACGCAAGUUGAGCGUGUAAUUAGAAAUGGCGAUGCAUGCUGGUCGCAGCAUGAGGCGCAAUUUUGUGGCUUGUGCCUCCCAGAUGAGAGCUCAAGGAUCAAAUUUUCCCCGUGGGACGAUACCGGAGGGAUCUCCAAGGAUUUGACCGUUUACUCGUCAUCGUCAAUGAGGUAAGAAUUCCUUUUUUUUCCACCACAACUUGAUCAUCUUUUAGGUCUAUUUUUGGGGGCAAAGAUGUGAUUUAUUUUUAAUAUUUUUUGGGAGAUUUUCGAUGGGGGUGAAAUAUAUACAAUUUUCAACUUGUCUGAACACCCACAAUGUUUGCAACAUCAAAGAGUAUCAAAGAGUAGGUAACAAAGACCACCCUCGCAAAGUGACCAAGUCAUCCAAGCAGCAGCUCUUCUCACACUUCCAGCCCCAAACAUGGUUUAGUAGAAUGAUGCGUUGUUACUUUUAGUCCGAAGGCCAACAAAGUGGGAAAAGGACUCGUCGCAGCGUGAAAAUUGUCCGACGCAUAGAAAGAUGGAAUUGCGACUCUCCCACCAACCACUUCUCCUGUCGGGCUGGCAUCACAUCAGUGCGGCAGCAAAUGAAGAGGAAAAGGAGGUGGAUUGGCGGUGGGGUGUCGCACAAUCGCACCAUCCGUAUGUAGAGAGCUACACCAUCAUCCCCUAUAAAAGGCAGAAGCAUCCAUGGGUAGGCAAGCAGACUGUUUGUGAAUGUUUCCGUGUGAAAAUGUGCGAUCGUGCGUGGAAAUGAUUCGAAUGACUUUCCUUGCGGUUUUCCUGUUGACGGUGGUGGCGAAAUUCGUGGAAGCCGAUCGGCCGCUUGUGUACAGCAUACGGGGUGCCGUGGCACCCAUUUCCCCCGAUAACAAUGUAGAUUCCAACAAUUACAACAAUUUUCACAUCAAUUACGACGAAUAUCCUAUGAUUGUCCCAAAGAGGGCUGCAAUGUUGCUGGAUCGAAUAAUGGUGGCACUACACCAUGCACUGGAGAAUGAGAGUGAGGGAGUACCAUCGAAUGAGCUGGAGAAGGAGAAAGUGUCAAAAAUAAGUCCGCAUCGGAAGAUAGUUCAGCAAUAUAUUCUGCAGCAGCAGAAGCAGCGGAGACCCCCCAAAGAGGCGGCUUCAGGCGAAGAUUCACAGCUUUUGGACAAUUUGAAGGAUUACGACGCUGAUCUCAACGAUUCGGAGGAUUUGAUGGACCUGGAACGACGUGGCCACAGGGUGGCUAUGGGACCCAGCAAGGGUCGUCAGUAUUGGCGUUGCUACUUCAAUGCAGUCACGUGCUUCUAAAAAUGCUCCACUUGAGCCACAUCGCGCAACAACAAAAAAAAAUGUUUAAAUUUAGCUGAAGAAACAUCCACCACCCCGUUAUAAAUUUUUUUGUCACGACACAUCCAUAAAAUACAUUAAAAUGUGA